AUGCCGGAGAAGAGAGACGCGAGGAGGACCUCUCUCUCAUUCUGCACACUCUUCCUUUUCUUCUCCUCGUCGGUCACCCUUGCUUUCCUGUUGGGCUGGAAGCUUCGUGCCUACGUGUUCAACUACCACCGGGCAGACGUUGGAGCUCGUGCCUGGUACCUUGCAGACAGGCUUCUGGACGAGUCCUCAGUCUCGGCAGCAGAGCUGCAGUCAGAAAGCUACCAGGGACGACUAUGGAGGCUAAGGAGCCUGAGCAGUAAACUGACAUGGGACAAGUGCCUGAGCCCAAUGAAGCGAGAUGAGCGCUCGAUCGCUCAUCGUGGCGCGCCUCUCAUGUUCCCAGAGCACACGCUUGAAGGAUACACCAGCGCUGUAAGGAUGGGUGCUGGGAUGCUGGAGUGCGAUGCUGUGUUCACAAGGGACAGAGUUGCUGUCUGUCGCCAUUCGGCCUGUGACCUCCACUAUACGACCAACAUCCUGAGGGUGCCGGCGCUCGCGGACAAGUGCGACAAGAAGUUCCAACCCGGAGAGGGAGCGCGGUGCUGCACCACCGAUCUGCUUGCAUCGGAGUACAAGCAGCUGUGCGGGACCAUGGAGGACGGAGGAUGUGCCACUGUGAUGACGCAGAAGGAAUACAUCCAACUCUCCAUGGGAAGGGAGAUGAAGGUCAAGAUGAUCCCGGAGCUGAAGGAGCACGACUACUCCAAGAUAGACAUACACUCCCAAGAUGAGGCGGCGGAUCGUUUCAUCCAAGACUACCUUGACCUUGGGGUCCCACCUUCUUUGCUGUUCCCUCAGACUUUCAGCAAGCAGCAUGCGACAAGGUGGCUGUCCAAGUAUCCCAUAGCAAAGAACACGGUUCUGUUGUAUAGUCCCGGGGGGCAGGAGCAGAACGGGAAAGACACCUGGGAGACGACGUACAAGGGAUGGUUUGAAGAGCUGCAGCGCCUGGGUCAGCCCAUCAAGUUCGCCGGACUUCCGCUCAACGAGGUCAUAUCGGCCAAUGACGCGCUUGGGGGCUCUUUCUCUCCCACAGAGCCGGUCAGGUACCUCAAGGAGCAAGGGAUAGAGAUCAUCGUGUGGACGCUGGAGAGGUCGGGAGCCGUUCCUAGUGGGUGGUACCUCGGUGUCCAACAGGGGAACGCCAGCACGGGAACGCACGGGAACGUUCAGAGUGCGGUGAGGAAGGAUGCGGACAUCUACUUGCUUCUCGAUGUACUCUUCAAGGAGGUGGGAGUCUAUGGGGUCUUCUCGGAUUGGCCUGGGACCGUGACCCACUACCUCAACUGCGCCCUCCCCUAA